GGUGUCCCGGGGAAGGAAAGGGGUUGUGCCAAGGAAGAGAGGAAAAAGAAAAAAAAAAAGAAAAAAAAAAAAAAAAGGAAGAAAAUAGAGGGUUUUGCGGGCAGUGGGGCCAGGGAGGAAAGAGGCCUCUCUGAGGGUGAAAGCCCCGGGGCGGGGGAGGCGAGAGCGCGGCGGCGGCGAUAAGGGCCCUCCAGCCGCUCCUCCGCCCGGGGCCGCGGGCUGUGCCCUCCGUCCGCGCCCGGGGACGAUGCAGCCAUGAGACACCGGGGCCGUGCGGCCAUGAGCUCGGGGGGCCGGCGGGCCCGAGGGCCGCUCCUGCUGGCGGUGCUGGCGGUGCUGGCGGUGCCGGCGGAGCCGCGGAGCGCGGGGCGGCGGCGGGAAACACACACACAAGUAUAUAAAAGCGUGGACAAUCAGGAGUACGAAUCUAUGAUGCUUCCCACAGCCUUAAGGCACACAUCAAUUGUGAGCAGAUCCAUUCCCGAUGUCUGUGCAACUUGCCACAUUCAUGCAACUUGUCAGCAAAGUGGAGGAAAAAGUGUUUGUAUCUGUAAUUAUGGAUUUGUAGGCAAUGGAAGAACUCAUUGUCAAGAUAAAGAUGAAUGCCAGAUUGGAGCCAGCAAAAUCUGUGGAAAUCAUACUCUGUGUCAUAAUACACAUGGAAGCUUUUACUGUGUUUGCCUUGAUGGAUACCGAGCCUCCAACAACAACAAGACAUUUAUUCCCAAUGAUGGCACGAACUGUACAGAUAUAGAUGAAUGUGAGGAGUCUGGGUUGUGUGGUCACAAUGCAAGAUGUGUGAAUACUGAAGGAAGCUACAUGUGUUACUGCAAUGAUGGUUAUAAAUUAGAAACUGGAGAGCAUUCUUUUCAUCAAAAGGGAAACAAAGUUUCAUGCAAAGAAAUCGGAUGUGGCUCCCCCCCUGAAAUGAAGCAUGGCUACAUUGUGGGGAACUACAGCUUGCUACCAGGAAGUGCAGUUCAUUAUGAGUGUCAAGAAGGGUUUUACAGCAAUGAAGCAAAGUUCUCGUACUGCACUGCAAAUGAAACUUGGGAACCUGCUACUUUAAGCUGUAAAGGUGUGGACUGUGGGGUUCCACCCCCUGUUUUGAAUGCACGUCCAACAUCUAUUGGUGGGACCACCUACAGAAGUGAAGUUACUUAUGACUGUGCUCAUGGCUACCUGAUGGCAGGUGGCAGUCACACUGCAGUCUGCAAUGCCAAAGGACAGUGGGAUGGCCCUGAUUUGGUGUGCAAAGAAAUAGACUGUGGCAAACCUUUGUUCAUUCCACACACAACAAUGACCUGGGACAACUCCACCACUCUGUGGAGCAGAGUGUACUAUCACUGUAAAGAAGGAUAUUAUUUCAAUGGAGACAGAAAUUUUUCAGAAUGCACAAUAGAUCAGUCAUGGGAGAAUAUUACAUACAUAUGCAAAGAGGAGGAAUUACUGAGUAAUUUAUCCAUAUUCAAUGAAACAUGUGUGAGGUGGCAAAGGAAAACCGGAAGACUGGGAGUGCAGGAAACAUACACAUUUCAUAUACUGGGCCAAAGAUUGGAUGAGAAGAUAUUCUCAGAAGAUGUGACAUUUAACAUCAGUACUAGUGAAGAUGAUCCAAAGGUGUGUUUAGAUCUGAACUCUGGAAGUAACUACGUGGUGAAUAUAACUACCAUUUCUUCCACAAACGUCACUGUCUCAGUUACACUAGCAAUUCAAACAAAGGUAAAGGAAGCUUUCAAUAAUGUAUUAAUUUUUAAUGAUACCUGCUUGAAAUGGAGGAGAAAUGUCAGGGGAACUGAUGUGGAAGACAGAUACUCAUUUCACAUCCAAGGCCAGCGUUGGUACCAGAAGAACUUCUCUCAUGAAAUGACUUUUGAACUUUCCACGCACAAGCAAGCUCCUGAAGUUUGUUUGGAUUUGCAACCAGGCACCAAUUACUCUAUUAAUAUUUCCAUGGUAGCUUUGAAUUUUUCACAUCUUGUUUCUAUGACAACACAAAUUACAGAUCCCCCUUUCCCAGAAGUAGAAUUUGUUGCAGUUAAAGGUUCUGCACCUUUGCUCAGACUCCGGAAAGCAGAAGAUCAAAAUGGACCAAUAAGUUUUUAUCAAGUGAUUGUGCUUCCUCUGGAUUUGCAAAGCACUUUUAUUUGUGACUCGUUUACUGCUACAACUUUCUUUAAUAACACCACUGACAUUAAAGGAUAUGUGGCAGCCGAAUUUCGGGCGAAGGAUGUUGCUGAUAAUAUGUCAAUUACUCUUGGAGACAGACAUUAUUAUGGGAAGUUUUAUAAUGCUCCUUUAAAGCUGGGAGAAGAGUAUUGUGUUUUUUUGAAAAUAAUAAGUGAGUGGAAUAAGGUACGAACACAAUCCUGUGCUGUUUGGGCACAAAUUAAAAAUUUAUCACCCCCUCUGCAAUACAUGACUGCUGUUGGAUUAGGGUCAGUGGCUGCUGUCUGCCUUAUAUUGUUCCUGUCAUUCUCUGUGGCACGCUCUUGUCUCCACAGCUCAGUGCAUCCCCCACCUGCUGCUGUAGCCUGUGAGGCUGUACAUUUAUCUACUACAGUACACGUGGCACAAGCAGGGAUUGCAUCAUCAUUCCUAGAGGCUGAAAAUGUCUCUCUUCUCUGAUGGUUCAUUCCCUGAAGUCAGCAUAGAAAAAGACGUGCUCCUCUUUCAAAGCAAGCAUGUGUCGGGUAUCUGCAUGUCACAUAUGUACUACAGCAUGGGCAGUUUAAAUGUGUCUGUCAAGACGCUUAUUGUCUUGCCUUAAUCCAGAUGGUGUGGUGUGUAAAGGAGAACCUUCCUUCACAAGCAGGUUAUCAUGCAUCCCAUGUGUUAGUCACAGGCUUUCAGCUAUUCCAGCUGCAUGAGUGCCUGAUACUGAGUGCUUGCAUUGUACUUGAUUACAUGAAUAAUCCCGUGAUCCAGUUAAGACUGUCUGAGGAUUAACUGCUACUUUGGAUACCUUUGCACUCAUAAACUGGCCUAUUAUGAACGAUAAUCCAGACCUACACUUAAGCGGGAUAAAGUGCCUAUUGUAUUUCCAAUUACAAAGGUAGAACGCUUCUGUCACUCACAAGUAAUGAUACAUCAGCAACAUGUUACACUUGUUAGCCAGGAAGUUGCCACAUUCAAGUAGUGUCAGCAACAGAUGUGUUCCAGAGAUACUGCAGUCAUUGGUUAUAGCAAUUAGCAGUAAUUGCAAAUAAUAUACAAAUCUAUAAAACUGCAGUUUUCUCAGAAGAUGCUUGCUUUAAUGGCAUGUGAAACUAAUUUAAGGACCUUCCUGUGUUAAGUGCAGUUUUGUUAAUCUCUGUUCUAUAAUUACAGCUGAGUAAAGCUAUUAAAUCAUUGUCUGGUUAAUUGGCUAGUGUGUAACAUCUGGUUAGAGUCACUUAAUGAAGUACAAUUAACUAAUUUCCUUCCAGUUAAUACAUUUAUUUUCUUCUGUAAGAGAGAAUCCAGUGGCUUUGGUUAUUUCCACUCCUCUUCAGAAGUUGCUUUGUUAUGUUAGCAAAAAAAAAAAAAAUCUGUUAACUGGUGAAAUAAAAAAUAAAAAUAAAAAGGCAGGAGCUUAGUGUUUUACUCAGGUUUGUGAGUUUUUUUUCUAAGUUAUGUUUUAUGUUUUACCACUUUAAAUAUAUGCUAUGCAUUUUUGGAAUUGUUAAGUUUCUGAAUUGCUAAGAUUCUGAUGCCUGCUGCUCUUAUAAUUUUAGAUGCUCUGUCUCACUAUGACAUGUAAUUAGGGUCUUUUUGGGUUUAAAGUGCAACAGCAGAUUUCAUAGUUAGAAGCAAAGGGAAAUAAAAGCCAAAAAGAGUUUUCAAUUGCUGCAUCCGGCUAAGAGUGGGUUUUUUCCCAGGUCUGGGCAGAUACUGUUUCAGUUAUCCAGCAUUUCCACAGCUGUCCUUCAAGUUAAUAGUUAAUAGUUAAGUAAGAACACCUUUGUCUACAUUAGCAUUUUCUGUUGCUAAUUGAGAAAGAGCAGCUAAACUCUACUGGGAAACCAUGCCUUAAUGUUUCAGUUUCUCAUGUGGAAUUUAUUCUCACACAUGCCAUGCCUAAUUCCCUUUCUCAACAGAAUAGAUUACAAGGUUUGGUGUAGCAGUACAAACUGCACCACUUCAUUCUGAUUCAGUCUCCUGCUGCUCUGGUCCUGUGAGAGAGUUCAUGAGCAGCUGUUCCUGUGUAAGGAAGAGUUUGAGAGGCUGGAAAACUUUUAGAGACAGGUGUGCCAUCCUCUAUGAAAAAACUGAACUUCUUUUUACCCCUUAUUGAGAUCAGCAGUGUUCCAGUAUGCUACACUUGACUGGGACCAUAAAGUCCACCUUGACAGUGGGUAUAAUUGGAAAAACAGAGGUCUUUGGGUCACAUUCAGCCAGUUAUUUCUUUCUAUGUGCUAAGUUGCUUUUUCAUGAUGUAAAGUUUUCAGAACAAGCUAUAUUCCUUACAGGUUGUCCAUACUUCUGCUGGUAGUUAGAUAACAUAUUUAAUGACUGAUACAGAUAUCUUCACACAGUGUAGCUUCUUAAUACCCAGGGAAACUGAUAAGGGAGAAGAGAUGAGGCAGGACUCUCUGGCAUCUUCAGUUUUCCACAACAACUACUGUUCUGCAAGUUUCCCUCAUUCCUUCUGCCUCCCUUGCCUCUCUGGGUAGACCUACCUCUGGCUGUGAACAUAUCUUCAUCUGUGUUCGUCUUAUUACUUCAUGUGUACUUAUCUUUCUUCCACCUAUAUUUGUUUCAGUUAAAUGUAGAAAGACUAGAGAACUAAUUUAAUCUUGCCAUCCUCAGAUAGAUGUGGAAAUGUUAACAGCUUUUUUGUUAGGCACUUGCUGUAUUGCUCCCAAGCUUUUCUGCUGAACUAAUUGCAAUGUCAUAACCACACUCUCAUGCUUCCAGAAAUUCUAGAGACAUUUCUAGUGAACUUUCACUGCUGUAUCUUCAGUUAACACUGAAAUUCUUCAAAUUUUUUCUCUGCUUCUUGGAUAGGUGUUGCAUACCCAGGCCGAGUACAGUUAAGCAAACUGAAUCUACUCUGCUUUUACUGCUGAUCUGCACUUCACGGUGCUACAUAGAAAUGUGCUAUAUUGAUAAACCCGUUGGUUUAGAUCCAUACCAAUGUCUGCAACACAUGCAAAGUGUUUUUAUCCUCUUUAUAGGAAAUGGGAAAUUGGUAGUCCUGAAUGAACAAUUCUUGUAACCUUA